AUGGUCUCUUAUAAGUGCAGCAAGGAGGCCACUGAGCCAGGAGAGACUGGGGAUCACCAGCUUGUGGGGGCGGCACCAAGCACCAAGCACCAAGUACAACAUCAAUCCAGGACCCUUCGUUUCCCCAUCUGGGCAAGUUGGGGUGGAGACAAGGAGAAAUACGAGUUGUACUCAGUAGAGCUGGGUCCUGGCCCUGAUGGGGACAUGGCAGCCAAGCUGAGCAAGAAGAAGGCAGGCAGUGGAGGGGGCAAGAGAAAGGAGAAGCUGGAGAACAUGAAGAAGGAGAUGGAGAUUAAUGACCACCAGCUGUCAGUAGCGGAGCUGGAACAGAAAUAUCAGACCAGUGCGACCAAGGGCCUGUCUGCCAGCUUGGCUGCGGAGCUGCUGCUGCGGGAUGGGCCCAACGCGCUGCGGCCACCAAAGGGUACCCCAGAGUACGUCAAGUUCGCACGGCAGUUGGCAGGCGGUCUGCAGUGCCUCAUGUGGGUGGCUGCUGCCAUCUGCCUCAUUGCCUUUGGCAUCCAAGCCAGUGAGGGUGACCUCACCACUGACGACAAUCUGUACUUGGCACUGGCUCUCAUUGCUGUGGUUGUGGUCACCGGCUGCUUCGGCUACUAUCAGGAAUUUAAGAGCACCAACAUCAUCGCCAGCUUCAAGAACCUUGUGCCCCAGCAAGCAACUGUGAUCCGAGAUGGGGACAAGUUCCAGAUCAACGCAGAUCAGCUUGUGGUGGGUGACCUGGUGGAGAUGAAGGGUGGGGACCGAGUGCCCGCCGACAUCCGCAUCCUCCAAGCCCAGGGCUGCAAGGUGGACAACUCCUCGCUGACGGGAGAGUCGGAGCCACAGACCCGCUCCCCUGAGUGUACACACGAGAGCCCACUGGAGACCCGCAACAUCGCCUUCUUCUCCACCAUGUGCCUCGAGGGCACAGCACAGGGCCUGGUGGUGAACACGGGUGACCGUACCAUCAUCGGGCGCAUCGCAUCACUGGCUUCUGGAGUAGAAAAUGAGAAAACACCCAUCGCUAUCGAGAUUGAACAUUUUGUGGACAUCAUUGCAGGCUUAGCCAUCCUCUUUGGUGCCACAUUUUUUGUGGUGGCCAUGUGCAUUGGCUACACCUUCCUGCGGGCCAUGGUCUUUUUCAUGGCCAUUGUGGUAGCCUAUGUACCGGAGGGGCUGCUGGCCACUGUCACGGUCUGCCUGUCUCUGACAGCCAAGAGGCUGGCCAGCAAGAACUGUGUAGUCAAGAACCUGGAAGCAGUGGAGACACUGGGCUCCACGUCAGUGAUCUGCUCUGACAAGACGGGGACCCUCACUCAGAACCGCAUGACUGUGUCCCAUCUGUGGUUCGACAACCACAUCCACUCAGCUGACACCACGGAAGACCAGUCAGGGCAGACGUUUGACCAGUCCUCGGAGACAUGGCGGGCGCUCUGCCGCGUGCUCACCCUGUGCAACCGAGCUGCCUUCAAGUCGGGCCAGGACGCGGUGCCCGUGCCAAAGCGCAUCGUGAUCGGGGACGCAUCAGAGACGGCGCUGCUGAAGUUCUCCGAGCUGACGCUGGGCAACGCCAUGGGCUACCGAGAACGCUUCCCCAAAGUCUGCGAGAUCCCCUUCAACUCCACCAACAAGUUCCAGCUGUCCAUCCACACCCUGGAGGACCCGCGGGACCCGCGGCACGUGUUGGUGAUGAAGGGCGCCCCUGAGCGUGUGCUGGAGCGCUGUAGCUCCAUCCUCAUCAAGGGCCAGGAGCUGCCCCUGGACGAGCAAUGGCGUGAGGCCUUCCAGACGGCUUACCUCAGCCUGGGAGGCCUGGGCGAACGCGUGCUGGGCUUCUGCCAGCUCUACCUGAGUGAGAAGGACUACCCGCCUGGCUAUGCCUUCGACGUGGAGGCCAUGAACUUUCCAACCAGUGGUCUGUGCUUUGCGGGACUUGUGUCCAUGAUAGACCCGCCCCGGGCCACUGUCCCUGAUGCUGUGCUCAAGUGCCGCACAGCAGGCAUUCGGGUGAUUAUGGUGACAGGUGACCACCCCAUCACAGCCAAGGCUAUUGCGGCCAGUGUGGGCAUCAUCUCUGAAGGCAGUGAGACAGUGGAGGACAUCGCUGCUCGUCUCCGUGUGCCUGUAGAGCAGGUUAAUCGGAAGGAUGCCCGUGCCUGCGUGAUCAAUGGCAUGCAGCUGAAGGACAUGGACCCAUCAGAGCUGGUCGAGGUGCUGCGCACCCACCCUGAGAUGGUGUUUGCUCGUACGAGUCCCCAGCAGAAGCUAGUGAUUGUGGAGAGCUGCCAGCGACUGGGUGCAAUCGUGGCUGUGACAGGGGAUGGUGUCAAUGACUCCCCAGCCCUGAAGAAGGCAGACAUUGGUGUGGCCAUGGGCAUUGCUGGCUCAGAUGCUGCCAAAAAUGCAGCCGACAUGAUCCUGCUGGAUGACAACUUUGCCUCCAUUGUGACGGGCGUGGAGCAGGGCCGACUGAUCUUCGACAAUCUGAAGAAGUCCAUCGCUUACACAUUGACCAAGAACAUCCCUGAACUGACGCCAUACCUCAUUUACAUCACUGUCAGUGUGCCCUUGCCCCUCGGGUGCAUCACUAUCCUCUUCAUAGAACUCUGCACUGACAUUUUCCCAUCUGUGUCCCUGGCUUAUGAGAAGGCUGAGAGUGACAUCAUGCAUCUGCGGCCACGGAACCCUAAGCGUGACCGAUUAGUCAACGAGCCCCUGGCUGCCUACUCCUACUUCCAGAUCGGUGCCAUCCAGUCAUUUGCUGGCUUCACUGACUACUUCACGGCCAUGGCCCAGGAGGGCUGGUUCCCACUGCUGUGCGUGGGGCUGCGGCCACAAUGGGAGAACCACCACCUACAAGAUCUGCAGGACAGCUAUGGCCAGGAGUGGACAUUUGGGCAGCGCCUGUACCAGCAGUACACUUGCUACACCGUGUUCUUCAUCAGCAUCGAGAUGUGCCAGAUCGCUGACGUUCUCAUUCGAAAGACACGCCGCCUCUCUGCCUUCCAGCAGGGCUUCUUCAGGAACAAGAUCCUGGUGCUGGCCAUUGUGUUCCAGAUCUGCAUCGGCUGUUUCCUGUGCUACUGCCCGGGAAUGCCCAACAUCUUCAACUUCAUGCCCAUUCGGUUCCAGUGGUGGCUGGUCCCCAUGCCCUUUGGCCUCCUCAUCUUCGUCUAUGAUGAGCUCCGGAAACUUGGAGUUCGCUGUUGCCCAGGGAGCUGGUGGGACCAGGAACUCUACUAUUAGAGGGACUGCUGUCUUCAAGUCAUCCCUGCCUCUACCACAGACAGGUUGGGGCAAGACUCAUGGGACUGUCUGGACAGUCACCAAAACACCUGAGCGAGCAAGAGUCCUAGCCUGACCUGUGUCUGUUCCUGUGUAGCCCAUGGCACCCCAACCUGGAAGGGACCCUCCCUACUGCCCUUCCCCAUCCAAAAGGGGCCCAACUUCUUGGAGGAAGUCCCUAGGCCCAGUCCUCCGAGCUGGCCUGGGGAAGCCCCCAUCUGAGGGGGGAGGUUUGAUGGGGAGGAGCUAGUAGCUCCUGUGAGGUGGGGUGCCUGGGGGCUCUUCUUUAAAACACACUUGUGUCUGCGUAAUCGUAAUAAACCAGCUCACAGUGACUGCUUUUUAAUUUGGUGUGGCACCGUCUUAAGUGGUUUUCAUGAGCCCCUUUGGUCCCACAAUCCUACAACUUAGGGGAUAUUUGUUCAGGGCUGUAUCUCCAGUUCCUCGAACACAGCCUGGCACACAGUAGGCACUCAAUAACCCUUCCUUGGGAAAAUAAAGUCCCAUUUCUUUGCCUAGGGUUAAAGCACUUAAAGGUGAGUUGGAUGUGACCACAGGCACCCUCCAGAGCACUCAACCACUCCACUAACCUAAACACUGCCUCUGGGCUCUCUUUCUCAGCACCCAUUCUCCCUUUGGGGAGACUCCUUGAUACAGGGUGUUAAAAUCUUUCCCACCUCAGGCUGUCCCCGCCCUCCAGCCUUCACAGGUGUCUCCACUUGUUCAUUCCUUUGCAAAGCAAUGGGCAUCCCAACCUACUCCUGGGAUGAAACUCACAGGCUCCUCCUUACACCCUCACCUAAAAGCUAAGCUUCCAACUGCCAGAAAUUCCCGUCCCGGGCCCUCCACCUCCCUCUGGCCACACUCUUUCUUGUCUCUUUUCCCCUUUCUCUAAUGAGUCUCUCUGGCUAGGCCCCUGGCUUCUCCCUCCUCUUCAUCACAGUACCCCUGCCCACAUCUCAGUUCUGUCUCUAGCUUCCCCAGGCAUGUCUGAGGACCCACACUCAUCUCUGUAUCACCCUCCAAACCUGCUCCCAUCCACUGUCCCAUCAGUAGGUUCCUCCUCCUAGGAAAAUGUGAUGAGACCUUGGGAAGGGCUCUUCACUCCUUUCUCAUCUGUCAUUUUCACAAUCCCCCCACCACACAGAAAAUACCAGGCUUUUGGUCACCACCUCCACUCUGCCUAUAGCCACUCUCCUUUCGCCAUCCCUGUCCUGGUCCAGUCCUGAUUUUCUGGCCUCAGUCUCCCCACCCACAGUGGCCACAGAAAUCUUAACAAAGCCAAAUCUGACCCUGUCUUCCCCUCACAUAGAACUUUCCCUAGUUCCCCAUUGUCCCUGCUCAAUUCCUCAGCCCAACCCUGGGAGCCUUCUGGG